AUGGAAAAAGUGUCAAAAGAAGUGUCAAUUGAAACACAGAACCCGCUCCGACAGAAUGCUCCAAGCCCUCUACAUGCCGACACGCACAAAGAAGUCGCAGUCUCACCCCGACCAAACGUCGAACACAGCAUGAACAAGGACAGUACCCUGGAAGUCGAUAACCGGGACUGCACACUAGAGUUCAGCGAUCGAAACUGCAACCUGGAGCUCAAUCAAUUUGCCGAUGACAAACACACAGAGAAGCAAGUUGAGGCCGGAGUUGGAGCUUCAGCUCCAGCUACAGACAAAAACGAGACAAAUGCGAGUGGACGCCAGUCUGCUGCAGAUGAAAAACAAGAUCCGGAGUCUCAGUCAGUGACAGAGACGGUCAGACGUCAGAGAUAUCGUCGGCGAGAGUGGAUUAUCGCUGGUUCAGUUUUUGCUACUGUUAUCCUUCUUGUUGUUAUUAUUGUUCCUUCUGUGAUAUUUGGGACUCGUCAUUAUAAGCCCCACUAUGAGCAGCCUUCGAAUCCGUAUAUUGCAUGA